CGUCUGUCUGCAUCAUUCCCGCAGGCUCCGGCUGGAAAAGUGCAGAGGUGGACAGAAGGCUUGAAUUUCAGACGCGCUGGUCCAACAGGGGGACUUUGCUGGGACUUCUUCUUCUUAACCGCUGGACGACCUUGGAGGUGAAAUGGAGAUCCUUCAAGUGAUGGCCGUCUCUGCCGCAGUCAUCAGCAGCAGCUUGGCGUCACCGCUCGCUUUUUACAGCUCGGCCGAGGGCAGCGCCGACGUGGAAGACCUCUACAACGUCACCUCCUCUCUUCCCACAAACAGCGUUUCUUGGGAUCAGUACCACCAGACAACACCUGCUGGCCCCGCCCAGCAGGAAGCAGACUUCCUGAGCAGGAUGGUGGACUUUCUGGAGGACAACAUGCUCCUCAUCCUCGUCUUAGCCUCUCUGCUUUUCCUCGUUUUGCUCAUCGUGUGCGGCGCGGUGGUGCUGAGUCGGCGGCAUAAGGUCAACGCCUACUACCCGUCCUCUUUCCCGUCCAAAAUGUACGUGGACCUAAAGGACAAGACCGGAGGCGCUCGCCUCUUUCAUGAGCUGCCAGAGAAAGCGGAAGCCAGGCGGGAGAGCGAGCCGGUGGACUCUCACAAGCAGCUCCAGGCAGACAUCAUGAAGGCUGCCAAGAGUCUGAGGACGCCAAUAAAAACUGCGGAGGGAGCCGGCAUUCCUGAGGACAAACCAGACGGAGACGUGAUCCCGGAUGAGGAGCAGCAGCCAAGUCCUGCUGAGGAGGAGGACGCGUGUGAGGCAGCUGCAGCAGCCCAUUUGAAGGCGGCGAGGAGUCUGCGGCCUGCAUCUUUGCAUCUUCACAACGACUCGGCGACGCUGCAACUCAUCGCGGGGGAGAAAACCGCCUUCUAAACAAACCUUUUACAGUCAGACCAGACCCCAUCUUCAUCUGAUUUAGGCUAAUGGACGCACCCUCGGAAAAAGAGUGGAAGUAGCUGCAAAGAGCGAUACCAACUCCAUGUUGUCCAUUUUUCACUUCCUAUACAUGGGUUUCCGUCAGCGAAGGAUUAUGGGUAUCUUGCCAUAUUGUGUGUCGUAACUUUCUUUAUUAGCCCGCGGCAGUUUUCUAAAUAUUUUUCGCACUUUUGCUGCGACAAUGUCGUCAACUUCAGGAAAUUUGUUAGAGGGCGGGAAAGUUUCCUACAGACAGACGUCAGAUGGGGUUUGCAAAGCCAGGUAUUUACUGAAAUUGAAGGAUAUUGGCGAUAAAGAUCCGUAUAAGAUGGGAAAAGGCGACUACUGAUUUGGAAUCUUACCUUGAUAUAAGUUACCCGGACAUGGUCAAAUAUUUGGUGAACAAUGUAAGUGCCUAUACUCUGGAUGAGCGCAAGGGCUACAAGUCACUGGAAGCGUACAAUUACUUUGUGUGUGGAUGGGUACAGCAAAUUAAACUGGCUACAAAA